AUGUUCAAGCCACAGAUCUACAGAAGGAAACGUGAUGAUGAUGAUGAUGAUGAUGUCGUCAACUCAGGACUGACUCAGGGCAGUGUCGGACAUUUUCAUGCCUUACAAGGCGCGGAUCAGAUUCACUCUAGUCGGUCAUCCACCCUACUGAGUCACUGGCGAGUUCACACUGGGGAGAAGCCAUUCACCUGCACAGUAUGUGGGAAGGGAUUCACUCGGUCAUCCACCCUACAGAGACACCAGCGAGUUCACACUGGGGAGAGGCCAUUCACCUGCUCAGUCUGUGGGAAGGGAUUCACUCAGUCAUCCACCCUACAGACACACCAGCGAGUUCACACUGGGGAGAGGCCAUUCACCUGCUCAGUCUGUGGGAAGGGAUUCACUCAGUUAUCCAGCCUACAGAGUCAUCAGCGAUUUCACACUGGGGAGAAGCCGUUCACCUGCUUAGACUGUGGGAUAGGAUUCACUCGGCCAUCACAACUACUGGCGCACCAGUCAGUUCACAGUGGGGACUGCUAAUUUCCACACACAAAUAAAUCAAAAGGGAUAUGCCGGACAC